UUGGUUUAUUCGUGUCGUUCUUGUUCCGAAAAAUUGCAUUCGGCACGAGAUGUCACACAGAAGGAACACUCUCGUCGUGGAUUUCAGUGUCCUGCCAAAGCGACCGCCGUUGGACCAGGUCAAGGAGUUUCUCGAGGAAGAUAUAAAGAUUGACAUGGCAGAUGUUAAAACUAUCCAGUUACACAACCUCAAAAACUGCGUGUAUAUUGAAAUGCACGACUCCGGCGUAGCCCCACGACUACAAAAACAACACCAUCUCAAACACUCGUUUGAACAUCUCGGUGUACACUACUAUAUACCAGUUUACGUUGAUGGUCCCGAUACCACCAUCAGGAUCCACGAUCUCCCGCCGCGAAUGGCCAAUAAAAUCAUAUCCGAUCAUAUUGAGCAAUAUGGCAAAGUCAUCUCUAUCCACAACGAAGUAUGGAAAAAUUUCUUCCCAGGAGUGCCGAAUGGUGUGAGAGUAGUACGUAUUAGGCUGGAGAAAACAAUACCAUCACACAUCGUAGUGGACAAUCAUACGACACUUGUGACCUACCGCAAAGAAGCUAAUGCUCCAACCACCGUGACUUCUCAUACGCCAGCAAAAUUGAACGAUGUCGACACACAGACCAACAGCGCUAAAAACGUAACUCCAGUGGCAGUCUCAACUGGAGCCAGCGAGGCCUAUAAUAACGACAACGAUGACGAUAACUUGAUAAGAGAAAUCGAAAACGAAAUUGCAGAGAAGAGGCGGCUGUCAACGAGUACGAGUGAAACAAGCAGCAGCGUAGGGCAUGACGCAAAACGUUCGUACUGCCACGGGUACUACGAAACUGGCGGAUAUAAAUGUAUAGAAGAUAUUCACUUGAUGUUGGGACUUGAUUUUUGGGGCAACGGUAAAGACCAUAGGAUCACAAUCAGAGUUAGAAGAAAAUUGAAAUGGGUCGUUAUGGCUGCAUAG